AUGCUUCCACUUUUUCUGCCUGUGCUUGUGAUGCUUGCAAUUAUCAUUCCAAUCUCAUUUUUUUAGUUUUUAUAGUAAUUCUCACUAGUUAAAUAUCAAAAAGUUAAAAGUUUUAAGGGGUAAUUUUUAUAAUGAGUACACUAAAACUACUAAUUUUGGGAAGUGAAUCAUAAAAGGAUUAAUGAUCAUCUUUUUGACAUAUAAUUAGGAUAUAUAAUUUAAAAAGAAACUCUUAUUUCACUAAUUUUAGGCGUGUACUUAAAAUUAAGUUUAAAAUAUAGUAGAGUGUUUGAAGGAGAAAAUAUCUAAAUCUGGAUAAACUUAGGUAAGUUUUUAGAUAUAAUUUUCCUUUUCUAAAUUAUAUUGCAUUUAUGAGAAGAAUAAUAGCUGACUGCUCUAAACAGAAUAAUCGAGUUUCUCUUUUGUAUAAUAUAUUUUUAUGAAAAAUUAGUUAAGAAUCGAGUUGACUAAAUGGCAGAAAUUUUUCACAAUCAAAUUUAAAGAUUUUAAAAAGCAACUCCCAAUUUAUAAAGUGAAAAGUAUAUUAAGGAUGACAGCGAAGAGUGA